GCACUACUUUGAUUUAUUGUAAUGUAACCUGAGAUGUGUUGAGAAGUUUACCGAACAACAAUAACAACAAAAUCAGAAGAGAUCAUCUGAAUUCUUGUAACGUUGUAUGAAAUGUCUCUCCAGCGGAUUUGCAAGAAUGGUCGUUUAUUUAUGAGAGUUUUAAUGAGAAACAAACCAGAAAAAAAGGUGACCUAUGAACAAGUUAUGUUUCUUCACUCAUUCUUGCCACAGAAGAUAAUUAUUUCCACAUCCAGUAAUAUUCAUGAUAAUCUAGCACUGGAGGAUUGGCUGUAUGAACAUUCAGAUUUGAGGACUCCAGUCUUGCUACUGUGGAGGAGUUCUCCGUGUGUGGUGUUCGGACGCCACCAGAACCCAUGGACUGAAUGCAAUGUGCCAUUUUGUGAACAAAAUGGGAUUGUACUUGCAAGGCGUAAAAGUGGAGGAGGAACUGUCUAUCAUGAUGAGGGAAACUUGAAUUGUUCCUUCUUAACAGAACGGAAAAUCUAUGACAGAAGAAGAAAUCUCCAACUGGUUGUGAAUGCUCUACAACAGAGAUGGAAUUUACCUCUGUCCAUCAAUGACAGAGAUGACAUUCUUUUGUAUCAACAAUAUAAGGUGUCAGGUUCAGCAGCCAAGCUGGCCCGAUGUAAAAGCUACCAUCAUUUCACCAUUCUGUGUUCUGUGGAUAAACUGAGACUGACCAGCAUUCUGAAUACUCAUUUGACAGGGGUGAGCAGCAAGGCUACGCCUAGUGUGAAGAUGGCUGUGGCCAAUCUGGCAGAGCAUGUGCCUGGUCUGGGCAGUCUAGACGUGCAGCACGCCAUCACAGAACAUGUCCUGGCAAAUAAUGAGGCAGCCACUGUCUCCUAUGCAGAUGCCCUGGACGAAACACAGUACCCGGGCUUGGCUGCACUCAGAGCAGAGAUCUCCUCGUGGGAAUGGACGUUUGCCAAGACCCCGCCCUUCACCAUCAAUAGACGACUAAGCCCGACAGAACGUGGCAAUGCCCUCAUUGACAUCAGCAUAAAGGUGCGUCAAGGACUGAUCUGUGAAGCAGAGUUACAGGUGUUACAAUGCUCUGGUGCUCAUCCACAGUGGUUUCUCACUCUCAAAAAUGGUAUUCAGGGUGUAAAGUUUGACAAAGAAAGUGUGAUAAAUGCUUUGUCAGGUGUAAAAUCUCAGUGGAUUAAUGAAGACCUGUAUGGGUCACAACAGGCUGAUUUUUUAGACUGGCUGCUUCUUGCUGUCAUGCAGACUACAGGAGUCGCCAACAGUUCACUGGACCAUCAACUGUUCAUGUCUGCAUAAUUGUGUCCCUAGAAUUGUUAUGAGAAUUUUCAAUGAAGUGAAUGCAAUAAAAGAGUGUGUUAGUUUAAUUAUGUUUUAUUUUGUGUUGUGGUAAUGAUACAUGGAUAGCUUUGGUCAUAUUUAGGAAUAAAAAAUUACCAGUAA